GUUGUCUUUUAACUAGUGCGUCUGCCGUCCUCGUCCUCGUGUUCUCCCUGACCGAGCCGGGAGUUGUCAGAAGUGUGCGGUCCGCUCUUCACGAUGCCUUUCGUCGAGCUGCAGAGUAACCUGCCGGCCGCCUCCUUCUCCGAGGACUUCGUGAAGAGGCUGUGCAGCAGCGCCGCGGCCGCUCUGGGGAAACCGCAGGACAGGAUGAACGUGGUGGUGAACCCCGGGUUGCCGAUGCUGAUGGCGGGCUCUUGCUCUCCGUGCGUAAUGCUGUCGGUGUCGGCCAUCGGUGUGACCGACACCGCUGACAAGAAUAAGGAGCACAGUGCCAAGAUCUUUGAGUUCCUGACCGGAGAGCUCGGUCUGACUGAAGACAGGAUUGUUAUUCAGUUCCACGCGCUGCAGCCUCACCAGGUCGGGAAGAAUGGAACCGUGAUGAGCUUCUUGUGAAGGACGUCGUCUUUUCUGACACGGCUCACAGUCUCAGGCCUAAAAGAAGGCGUGGACAGAUGAGAUCAGUUUUAAUGACACACUAAAGGCACUUACUGUAUUUUCAUGUCACAUACAGGUCUACUGUUUGAAACACGAUGAUAAUAUCUUCUGUUUUGAUUGAUUCUAAGAUCUCUUACUGCCUCCAUUACUGAAAUAUCUUGUAUUACAGACUGUUUAAGAAGACCAUACUAUAAUAAUACUAAUAAUGUCUCUAUUUUCAUGGAAAUCAUUUUCAGAAAAGAGAAGUGAUUUCUCCUUUUUUAAUGUCUUUGUCAGUUUUAUGACUUUAAUGUUUGAACAGACAGAAGACUGACCUGAGAUAUCUUUUCAUUAAAACAUGAAGGAGAUGAA